AUGCACAGCAUUGGAACUUCUGCACCCAUCCUAUUUCUUCUUAGUUUUCUAUUACUCUGCACCCUUAUCAGGAAAUCUCAAACUGAAGAAGACAUCAUCAUUACAACCAAGAAAGGAAAAGUCAAAGGGCUGCAACUCCCAGUUCUUGGAGGCUCAGUGACAGUGUUUCUUGGUAUUCCCUAUGCAGAGCCUCCUAUUGGUCGACUCCGAUUCCGAAAGCCACGGCCCCGGAGCAAGUGGUCUGAUAUUUGGGAUGCCACCAAAUAUUCCAACUCUUGCUAUCAAAACACCGAUGAUCACUUUCCUGAAUUUUCAGGAUCUGAGAUGUGGAAUCCAAACACGGAACUUAGUGAAGACUGUUUGUAUCUUAAUGUUUGGGUUCCAGCUCUGAAACCCAAAAAUGCAACAGUCAUGAUCUGGAUCUAUGGAGGUGGUUUUCAGUCUGGGACAUCAUCUUUACAUGUUUAUGAUGGCAAAUUUCUGGCUCGAGUUGAAAGAGUAAUUGUGGUUUCAAUGAACUAUAGAGUGGGUGCCCUUGGAUUUUUGGCUUUGCCAGGAAAUUCAGAGGCCCCAGGAAAUAUGGGAUUAUUUGAUCAGCAGCUGGCUCUUCAGUGGGUUCAGGAAAAUAUAGCAAGUUUUGGUGGGAAUCCUAAAAGUGUAACUCUAUUUGGAGAGAGUGCGGGGUCUGCUUCAGUCAAUUUACAUAUUCUUUCUCCUAAAAGUCACCCAUUAUUUACAAGAGCCAUUCUCCAAAGUGGGUCUGCGAAUGCCCCAUGGGCAGCAAUAACACCUUCAGAGGCUAGAAACCGAACAUUGCAUUUAGCAAAAUCCCUUAGUUGUUCCAGAGGAAAUGAGACUGAGCUAAUUAAAUGUCUUCGAAAUAAAAAUCCUCAGGAAAUACUAGAGCAUGAAAAUGUCAUUCUUUCCUCUGGUUAUCUAAAAAUCAAUUUUUGUCCAACUGUGGAUGGUGACUUUCUCACAGAUAUGCCAGACAGCCUCAUCCAGCGGGGGGAUUUUAAACAAACACCCAUAUUAGUGGGAGUUAAUAAAAAUGAAGGAACAUCAUUUUUGGUCUAUGGGGCUCCAGGAUUCAGUAAAGAUAAUGACAGCAUGAUAACUCAAAAGGAAUUCCAAGAGGGAAUAAAAGAGUUUUUCCCAGGAGUGAGUGAUCUAGGAAUGGAAUCCAUACAGUUUCACUACACUGGCUGGUCAGAUGACCAGAUUCCUGAAAAUUUCCGUGAUGCAAUGGAUGAUAUCAUUGGAGAUUAUAAUUUUAAAUGCCCUGCUUUGGAGUUUGCCAAAAAAUUCUCUGAACGAGGGAAUGAUGUGUUUUUCUACCAUUUUGAGCAUCGGUCAUCCAAAAAUGCUUGGCCAGAAUGGAUGGGAGUCAUGCAUGGUUAUGAAAUCGAAUUUGUUUUUGGCUUACCUCUGGAAAGAAGAGUUAAUUACACAAAAGCAGAAGAAAUUCUGAGCCGCUCCAUUAUGAAAAGUUGGUCCAGUUUUGCAAAAUAUGGAAAUCCAAAUGGGACUCAGAACAAUGGAACUAGAUGGCCAGUCUUUGGUAACAUUGAACAAAAAUAUGUAACGCUGAACACAGAAUCACCAAAAACAUUUGCAAAAUUGCGUGCCCAGCAAUGCCGAUUCUGGAAAACUUUUUUCCCAAAAGUCUUGGAAAUGUCAGGAAAUAUCGAUGAAGCAGAGCGUGAAUGGAAAGCAGGAUUCCGUCGCUGGAACAGUUAUAUGAUGGAUUGGAGAAAUCAAUUUAAUGAUUACACAAGCAAGAGGGAGAGCUGUGCAGGUCUCUAA